AUGUCGUUCGAGAACAAAAUCAUGCUAACUGAAUUCUCCUCUCUAGUCUAUGUUAAGGGCCGCCAUUUGAGCUACCAGCGCUCUAAGCACAACACCAACCCCAACACCAGCCUGGUCAAGAUCGACGGUGUUGAGAACCCCGAGGCGGCACAGUUCUACCUUGGCAAGAAGGUGGCAUUUGUCUACCGUGCCAAGCGCGAGGUCCGCGGCUCCAACAUCCGUGUCAUCUGGGGCAAGGUCACCCGUCCUCAUGGUAACUCCGGUGUUGUCCGUGCUAAGUUCCGCCACAACCUCCCUCCCAAGUCUUUCGGUGCCACCGUCCGUGUCAUGCUCUACCCCUCCAACAUCUAA